AAAAUGUCAACAAAAAGAAAACCGACCACAAACAUGUAUGCAUGUUUCAACAGCACCAUCAAAUCAAAUCAAAUACCAGCAUCUCCACCUCCUAUAUAACACCUCCUCUUAUCCCUCAUUCUCUCAACAUCACAAAAAAAAGAAAGUAAUUAAAAAUAAAAAUAAAAGUAUACUUCUUUGAAAAAAAAAAAAGAAAAAAAAAUAAUAAAAAGCUUUCUGUGAAGUUUCUCAUCUCCCAUUUUCCUGUCUCUCUGCUCGCCUAGCUCGAAAAAAAUCGAAAAGAUAUAAUAAUGGGAGGCUGCGCGAGCAAACCAAAGGAUUUGGCUGCCGAGAAGGUGCCUGCACCAGUCGAAGCACCGGCCCCACCUGCCGAAGCUCCGGUGGCCCCCACAGACAAGGCCGUUGAAGCUCCGGUGGCCCCCACGGACAAGGCGGCUGAAGAAGCUCUGGUGGUCCCCACAGAGAAAGAGGCCGAAGCACCGGUGGUCCCGGCAGAGGAGGCCGAGACAGCGGUGGUGGCCCCCACAGAGAAAGCUGAGGCAGAGACCGUAAAAGAAGUGAGCCAGGAAACAAAAGAUGGAGGUGAGAUCAAGGAAACACCUUUGGUAGUAGCAGCUGAAGCAGCUCCAGAAGCACCAAAGGUCGAAGAAAAACCGGCCGCGGUGGAAGCUGUUGCUCCGGCUAAGGAGGAGGAGAAGCCAGUGGAAGCCAAAGCCGAGGCGGCCGCAGAGGAGCCACCAAAGGAGGAAAAGAAAGCGGUGGCGGAAACUGUUGUUGCCGCCUAGAAAAAAAUCAUUAUCAAUCCACCACGAAAGCUAUGUGCACCACUAGAUAUUUAAAAAGUAAAAUAAUGUGAUAGGUUUUCUUUUUGUUUUUUCUUAUAUUUUGUACUCAUUUUGGGAGAUAAAUUGAAAAUUCUAUAUUUUUUUGGAUU